UGCGCGCUCCGGACAGCUCUGUCGGCCGCGGGGCGGGGCGGGGCACUGCGCGGAGCUGCUCUGCCUGCCUCUGCUCGUCCGGCUGCCCAGGGUGGACGCAGGUCCUUGAAGGCGCACCACUGCAAACCAGACAAAAAGAAACUCUGAGGCGCCCCGAGUGCCGGCUGGAGGGGCGUUCGGUUGGCUUUUUGUGCGUGGUCUUUAGAAUCAGCCGCUCCAGGAAGAGAGAUGUCGAAGCCGCCACCCAAACCGGUCAAACCAGGGCAAGUUAAAGUGUUCAGAGCUCUUUAUACGUUUGAACCCAGAACUGGCUCCAGGUUGACAAAUGUGGAAAAUUUCAAAAGGACGUCACGGUCUUUCCAAAAUUUCUCAUAAAAUAUAUAUUUGCAUAAACCAACCAAAAUUAAUGCCUUGAGAAUUAUAUGUUACCAAGAAUAUAUGGAACAGGAUAUACAUUACCAACCAGAUGAAUUGUACUUUGAAGAAGGUGAUAUUAUCUACAUUACUGACAUGAGUGAUACCAAUUGGUGGAAAGGCACCUCCAAAGGCAGGACGGGACUAAUCCCAAGCAACUAUGUGGCUGAGCAGGCAGAAUCCAUUGACAAUCCAUUGCACGAAGCUGCAAAAAGAGGCAACUUGAGUUGGUUGAGAGAGUGUUUGGACAACCGAGUAGGUGUUAAUGGCUUGGACAAAGCUGGAAGCACCGCCCUGUACUGGGCUUGCCACGGGGGUCACAAAGAUAUAGUGGAAAUGCUAUUUACUCAACCAAACAUUGAACUGAACCAACAGAACAAGUUGGGAGACACAGCUUUGCAUGCUGCUGCCUGGAAGGGUUAUGCAGAUAUUGUCCAGUUGCUUCUGGCAAAAGGUGCUAGAACAGACUUAAGAAACAAUGAAAAGAAGCUGGCCCUGGACAUGGCUACUAAUGCUGCCUGUGCAUCUCUCCUGAAAAAGAAACAGGGAACAGAUGCAGUCCGAACAUUAAGCAAUGCUGAGGACUAUCUUGAUGAUGAAGACUCAGAUUAACUCCUUUCCAGAGCUUUGAGAUCUAAAACUUGUGUUGCUUUUGCCAUUU